CUCCGACCACUCACAUCUUCACAUCCCUACAUCUCUACACCCCCUGUCCAUACCCCCAUACCAUUUUAAACCCUCCAAGCUGCAGAACUGCGCAUGUCUCGCAUCUCGCGCAGGUCUUGCAACUUGCGCAGGUCUUGCAUCUCGCGCAGGUCUUGCAUCUCGCGCAAGGUCUCGUAUCUCACGCAAGAUCCGCAACUCACGCAAGAUCCGCAACUCACGCAAGAUCCGCAACUCACGCAAGAUCCGCAACUCACGCAAGAUCCGCAACUCACGCAAGAUCCGCAACUCACGCAAGAUCCGCAACUCACGCAAGAUACCUAUAUAGCACUAGAUCAACUUAAUUCAACCCAACCCAACAUUCCAUCCCCAUCUUCCAUCCGCAAAGGAACACGACGGGGAAAGAAAAACGAAGACAAAGCUGGGACACAGCCAUCGAUUUGCGUUCUAGGACAGGGAAGGUGUUUACUCGCUUGCUACCAUAACAUGCUCGAUAUACAAUGCGUUACCGUCCGCAUUGGUACAUUCAGCAGCCAGGUCGUCAAGAGACGGUUGAUCAGCUCUCUGUUACUAUUACUGUGUACUCUUACUGAUGCUUCCUGUGUGCAAAGGGGGCUGGGUAGUAGCUUCUACAUUGAGUUACUGUACUAGAUUUUUUACUGUGUUGCGUCUAUCUGCUUGUACUACAAGUGUGAAUACGCUAUAACCCCGAAAGAAAAAAUGAUACAAUGCGUUGCAGAGAAGGGUGUUUUGUUAUGCACGGGAUGCCAAAUGGUGAAGAAGACAAAAUUGGAGAUUAAAG